AUGGGCAGAUCGCGACGAGCUGGACGCUUAGUCCAGCUCCGCCGACUUAUUGUUAAACGAGCGUACGCUACCGCUGGGGUCUUUGACCCCAGGAUCUUUGACAGGCCUCUAGAGCCUGAAAAACCCGCGCUCCCGUUUCACCCUCCUUCUCCCAACAACCCUCCGCUAAACCCCUGUCCUCCUCACCUCCCACCACCAUACAGGGCACCUGACCCUUGCCCGGUCAGGGCGUGGGCUCCGCGCCCGCCGAUCACCCCCGCGCCUAGGCCCGCAAGGGCCAGCCUGGACAGCCCGCCACUUGCGCCACCGGCGGAACCGACGAGGAAGCCCCCGCCGGAACCAAAGGGCCCACAACCAAGCCUGGCCCCUCGCAAGACUAGACCCUGCAUCGUGAGGAUAGAGGCCCUCCCCCAGAAGGUCCGGAUCGUCCGACGGCCCAGGACCCAGCUCCGAGCCGCCAAGGACAUGCCCUCCCUGGGCUAA